AUGCUUUCAAUUAGUCUAAUUUCACUACUUAUUGCAGUACCACUAUUUUCCUACCGAAUUACUCCGAAUCUAUUUAAUCGGAUUACUUGCGUAAGCCUACUUUAUGCUUCAUUCCUCUCUUUCCAUACCUACGGUAUGAAUCAAGGUAUUUAUAAUGGACUUUUUCAUGUAACCACUGUUUCAAUGGCUGUUGAAUGUUUUAUCUUUCUAAUAGGAGCUAUAGUUCUUCUAGGUUGGGCUAGUCGUUAUACAGAAAUUGUGCCUCAUGGUAUAAAUACAGCUACUCCAACAAUUCCUGAAUAUUCUAUGAUAAUUCUAUUUACUACAAUUGGUGCUUCACUACUAGUAUCUAGUAGUGAUCUAGUAUCUAUGUUUCUAUCUAUUGAACUACAAAGCUUUGCUGUAUACGUUCUAGCUACACUUUAUAGAAAUUCAGAGUCAGCUACUGCAGCAGGUCUAAAAUACUUCCUUCUAGGAGGACUCUCUUCUGCACUAAUUCUUCUUGGUACAGCACUGAUCUAUGCAAGUACAGGUCUAACACAAUUUGAAGGAAUUUACAGUUUUGCUUCAGGAGAACAAACACUUGGUAUGCUUCUGAUUGGUGUUGGUUUUCUAUUUAAGGUAGCAUCUGCUCCUUUUCAUAAUUGAGCCCCUGACGUAUAUGAUGGUACACCUACUAUUGUAACAUCAUGGCUAAGUACAAUGCCUAAAAUUUCUAUCUUUGCCUUUCUUCUAGAACUACAAAAUGGCAUGUUUCAAUCCGGAGAGCUUAUUCUUAUUGCAUCUCUACUUUCACUAAUUGUUGGAACUGUACUAGGACUAUCUCAAAUUCGAAUUAAACGUCUUCUAACAUAUUCUACAAUUAGCCACGUAGGAUUUCUGCUUCUAGCUCUUGCCAUUAACAACGAAGAAUCUGUAGAAUCUUUCCUCUUUUACCUAUUCCAGUAUUCACUAACAAAUCUGAAUGUUUUUCUGGUACUCCUAGCCUUCGGUUAUGCAAUUUAUAAUAUAUCAGCUAAAACAGAAGAUAUCUCUCUCAUUCAGGAGCUACAAGGGCAAUUCACUAAAAACCCGCUACUUAGUCUGAGUUUCGCUCUUUGUCUAUUUUCUAUAGCAGGAAUUCCACCACUAAUAGGGUUUUUUGCUAAACAAAUAGUGCUAUACUCAUCAAUUCAUGCCGGACAUUACUUUAUGUCCAUUAUUGCUAUUAUUGUAAGUGUUAUUAGUGCUUCAUACUAUCUAAAAAUUAUCCAAGUAAUAUUCUUCUUUAAUUCUGGUACACAAUAUAAAGAAUGAGGAGGAUCACCUAUUACAACUGUGCACAGUACACUUAUUGCUGUACUUACUGCAAUUAUUACACUAUUUGUGUUUCAACCAUCUAUUCUACUAAAUGUAUGUCACCUACUGGCACUUAUGUCUCCUACUGGCACUUUCUCUAUUUUAUUAUUAAUGGCAACUAUUACACUAUUUAUUCUAUUUGUACCGGUACUUGUAGUUAUUCUACUAAUUGUAAAUCUACUACUAGCGGUACAUAAACCAGAUUCUGAAAAGGUAACCGCAUAUGAGUGUGGUUUUCAGCCAAUUUAUGGUCAAACACGUAAUCCGUUUGCAAUUUCAUUUUACGUAGUUGCUAUGCUUUUCCUUAUUUCGAUCUUGAAAUUCUACUCGUUUUUCCACUAG